AUGUUUGCUCCUGUAGGCCAACGAUGGACACUUGCUAAAGUCCACUGGUGGGGUGGAUGGGCUGAAGGCGAGCAUCAUGAUACACUCGUUCGCUACCUCCUCGAUGAACUACAUGCCUAUGAAACUAACUACAGUGAUUCUCUUGCCCCCAUCUCCUGUGGUGCUAAUGUCUCCCUCACUGGUGAA